AGAAACAAAAAAAAAUAAAUAAAUUACUCCGUAGAAUAAAAGUAAAAGUCGCCUUAGUUGACCGUUGACGAGAUUUCCCUCUUCACUGCGCCGUAAUUCAAUUAUGCAAACGGGUAAAAUCUAUAAUAAUAUGAAAUUCAAAACCAACCCAUUUCGUCAAAAUCAAAACCUGGAUCGGGUACCCCGACGAUUAUACUCGCCGGAAUUUAAGAAAGAAGAAGAGAAAAUGCUGAGCGCGGACGGAGAAAACGGCGUCGCCGCCCAUCCCAAGUUGCUACCGAAGCGCAUAAUCCUAAUUCGGCACGGCGAGAGCCAGGGGAACAAGGACGACGCCGCCUACACAGUGACCCCCGACUACAAGAUCCCGCUGACGGCGGAGGGAAUCGAGCAGGGGAAGCGGGCCGGGUGGCGGAUCCGGCGAGUUCUCUCGGGCGGCGGGGGGGACUGGAGCGUGUACUUCUACGUGUCACCGUACGAGCGGACGCGGUCGACUCUGCGGGAGAUGGGCCGGGCCUUUCCUCGGAAACGGGUCAUCGGGGUGAGGGAGGAGUGCCGGAUCCGGGAGCAGGACUUCGGGAACUUUCAGGUGACGGAGAGAAUGAAGGUGAUCAAGGAGACGAGGGAGAAGUUCGGGCGCUUCUUCUACCGGUUCCCGGAAGGCGAAUCCGCCGCCGACGUUUUCGAUCGCGUUUCAAGCUUCUUUGAAUCCCUAUGGAGGGACAUAGACAUGCAGAGGCUCCGUGCAGCAGAACAGCAGCAGCAGCACCACCCUAUGGCGGGGGACUUGAAUCUCGUAAUCGUGUCCCACGGGCUAGCGUUGCGGGUGUUCAUGAUGAAGUGGUUCAAGUGGACGGUGGAGCAGUUCGAGCGGCUCAACAACCUCGGGAACUGCGAGUUCCGGGUCAUGCAGCUCGGGAGCGGGGGCGACUACAGCCUCGCCGUGCACCACUCCGAUGAAGAGAUGCGCGCCUGGGGACUCUCCCCCGAGAUGAUCGAAGACCAGACGUGGCGGGCUUCUGCCCCCAGAGGGUCUUGGAAUGAGAAAUGUCCAUGGUACCUCGAUGCUUUUUUCCACACCCAUGCUCAAGAACAAGAAGAUGAUGAUCAAGAACAAGAUGAACAAGAUCCUUGAGAUAUUGAUGUGCGUGCAUGCAUGCAUGAUUUAAGUAACUAG